UGGGAGCUCGAAAAACACGAGAGAAGCAAGCUUAGGAACACGAGCGUUAUACAGCCGUUUACAGCACGAGAAGAAAAACGUUUUAAAAGGAAUGUCCUUCAAAUUCCAGACAUGGACCCCAGUUAUAUUAUUUGUCGCUGGGAUAUAUAUCAGUAGCACUUAUUGCGACCAUAGCUCAAACCCUGAAGAAAAUCAACUCCAUGACAGAAAUCCAUCGGAAAAACAUAGUGUUAAGACAGCUGUUGAAAAGCCAUGUUUAUAUAGAGAGCACUCUACACCUAAGAAAACCCUUGCAAAAAGCACCAAUGAACAAAUAAACGAAGCAAGCAAAAAUAUUCAUCUGAAAUCAGUUCAAAACACCAAUAAUCAUCCCAUUCAAAACAAUAAGGACCCUAAAGUACCAAAAACUAAACGUCCUCUGCAUAUACCAUUGUACAAGAUUCACCACACCAAAAAGGUGCCAGGUUCGCAUUUAAAUGAUGAAGGUGGCUGUUGCGGAUCUGAGUCUCCUCCACCACCACCGCCUCCUCCACCACCACCUCCGCCUCCUCCACCUUCGGCUUCUCCAUCAUGUUGCAAUGGGCCAUAUUAUAUCAUGCCUUGGUGGCCAUACUGGCUUAAUCAAAUACUGAACAACCAGCAACCAGACGAUUAUAAUUUUCCAUACUGGGUCAAUUAAUGCAAAAAAAGUAUAAUGUACAUU